CCGCUGCUGUGUGUGUUGUGUUGACUGUCGCUUGAUGUUUUCAAGAUUGUGGUAUUUAACAGUGCGGACAGCUUCAUAAGGACGCUUUAUCCCUUCUAAAAAUACAACGGGAGUUUGUAAAGACUAUCCCUCAUCGUACGGAGUGGUUUGGAGGCUACAUUUUGCUAUCAGAAUGCAAAUCAAGGAAUGUAUCGUGUCUGCACCAGGGAAAGCUAUCCUCCACGGAGAACACGCUGUCGUGCAUGGCAAGGUGGCUCUGGCUGUAAGUUUGAACCUGCGCACAUACCUACGGUUGCAGGCCACAUCCACCAGUAAAGUCUGCAUCAAUCUCCCCAACAUCAACACUUUCCUCAGCUGGGAUGUGACCGCGUUGAAGCAGCUUCUCCCUGACUCUGGAGCUGAGCUGGGGAAUGUGAAUGAGCUUGAUGCAGAGCUUGUCAGGAUGCUGCGAAACUUUGUUGGUGUAUCAAAUGGAACCUUGGAUACUCGCAGCAUGGCCAUCCUAGCCUUCCUCUACAUCUACCUCUGUGUCUUUGCCAAGUCAGGGGAGUUGCCCAGCCUGACGGUGUCUGUGUGGUCAGAGUUGCCAACUGGAGCGGGUCUGGGGUCCAGCGCUGCCUACUCUGUGUGCCUGGCUGCAGCCAUGCUUUCUGCCAGUGGGACCAUCCCUUCUCCACUAAGUGACCAGGAAAACACAGCCAGGUGGGGUGAGGUGGAGAUGGAGCUAAUUAACAGGUGGGCGUUUCAGGGAGAGAGGAUCAUCCAUGGGAACCCCUCAGGGGUGGACAAUGCUGUGGGGACAUGGGGUGGCAUAUUGAGAUACCGUUCUGGGAAGAUAACAGCCUUAAGCAGGGUCCCAAUGUUAAGGAUCCUACUCACGAACACCAAGGUCCCUCGCAGCACCAAGGUACUUGUUGCUGGAGUGAAGGACAAAUUGAACAAGUUUCCCUCUAUUAUAAACCCUGUACUGGAGUCUGUGGAUGCAGUCUCCUGCACCUGUGAGCAGACCUUAACAGAGAUGGCAAGCGACACCCCCACACCAGAGCACUACAAUGUCCUGGAGGAGCUUAUUGACAUCAACCAGCACCACCUGAAUGUGAUUGGUGUCGGACACACGACCCUGGACACCCUGUGCCAGGUCACCCUGGCCAGAGGGCUACACAGCAAGCUGACUGGUGCCGGAGGAGGGGGCUGUGGCAUCACCUUGCUUAGACCAGAAACGGAGUGCUCGGUGGUCCAGAACACGAUCCAGGACUUGAGAGACUGUGGCUAUGACUGUUGGGAGACCCGUAUCGGUGCAGCAGGCGUGCAGCAGCACUCUCCCCUCGCUGUGAAAGAGGAGGUCCUGGAGGUUUUGGCGCGCUACUGAGACUCACUGGCCAUGGGUGUGCCCAAUGCCCUCCCUAUAGGGUAGCUGGGAGCUUUGCUGCAUGACUCUGGCCUACCAAGUAUUCUAUUGUUAAGGAAUGACAGCGAACAAUAGAGUUGGCUCCAGUAUGGGUUGACGCGUGAAUGUUAAUAGCACUUGUCUAUUAGACUACCAACAGUCAAGACAGACUCUUUGUGUCAGGGGAGGACAAUAGCUCAUCACACACUCAUCACUUAUUUUUCUAACUCUGAAAUCAUGCCAUUUCAUGAGGUCAUGAAACUAAUAUUGUAGGGGAACUAGGCAGGUGAUCACACGUCACUUUGAAAUGUUGUUUUCAGUAUUGGAGUAUGAGCCUGGCCUGAAAUGAAUGUUAACAGAUGUGGUUUUGAACCGUUUUUCUAUGUCUAGCAUGAGCUUUUCAUUAGAUUUCUAAAGCGGAUGCUGCAGAAAAGCAAGAAACACUGUGCUCAGCAGUGUGUCUAGCUGCUGGUUUUGGCAGGGACAACUACUAUUCAAAAACAAACCCACUGAGAAUUUUUUAUUUUUUUUAAAUAUAGAUGACCAACCUUGACUUUAGUGCUUAUUUGUUUUCAACUCAAGAUUGGUCCAUUUGUCCUUUUUCAGUGUGCGGUUUUUAGUCUUGUUUUUGAAUAUCUCUACCUUCAUUGACAUAGUGUUAAUUUUGAAAGGUGCAGUGAUCUGUUUUUCCAAUAGAUGGCAGCAAAAUGUAAGAAUUCACUAACCUCAACAGGGACUGAGUGAGUCAGAGAGAUAGAUUGUCAUUCAGUGUUUGCUUCAGGUGUCAAUACAAUGCCAUGGCUGAUGCACUAUUUGUUAAACUAACCUUUUAAAACUGAAAACCUUCUAGUUCUAUGUGUCACAUAAAUGGUGUUUGGAUGUCUUUUUAAAGGAGCUAUUGCACACUUGGACACCAUCCAAGACUAGUUAUGGUGAAUUCAUUGACUAAAAAUAGAAAAUGGAUUUUUAAGAUAAACCACUUCCUCAAGAAGCAUAGCAGGGUAAUUGUUUUCUCAAGGUCCAAAGCAAAAAUUGUAUUUCUCCAUACUUUUUUUUGUGGUGAGACCAUGUUUUUUUUGAAGACAGCCCCUCAAGCUCUUCUUUCCAAGAGCUGAGUAUGAAAUUGAAAAUGACAGCCAUUAUCUGAUUUCUUUGGUCAUCAAAUAUGUCUGACGCAUCAUGCCGCAGACCAAGAAAUGCAAGGCCUUUAAAAAUAACUCUUGGUAGGUAGGCUAGGCUACAUCUCUGCCUUUCACAUUGGUUUUCAUGUUUGUUAUUUAUAUUAACCAUGAUAUGCUACAGCAUGUAUAAGGGGAAAAAAAUCAAAUCUUGAAUCAAUGUAUUUCAGUACAUAUCAGAGGAGGCUGGUUGGAGGACCUAAAGAAGGAUAGGCUCAUUGUAAUCGAUGGAAUGGAGUCAAACGUGGUUUCCAUGUGUUUGAUGCUGUUCCAUUAAUUCCAUUCCAGCCAUUACAAUGAUCCUGUCCUCCUAUAGCUCCUUCCACCAGCCUCCUCUGGUACAUAUGCAUCCCAUAUUUCUAUUGAUUUAUUUUCAAAAUUAGGAAAGCGUUUGUUUUUGAUCAGUGUUAAUGUUGUGUGAGAAAGGUGGUGUAGCACAUGAGGAAUGGGAGGCUGGCUCUCCAAGGCUUAUCAGUGAGCCUGGAUUAAUGUCCUCUAAUGUGGAUCAACAGCUCGUGGCGUGCAGUGACUCACGCUUACUUUUGUGCUGACACACACACACACACACACACACACAGGCAUCUUCAAAUUAUGUUUUACUUAACUGCUCAUCCUCUAAGCAUAACAGACAUUUCUGCCUAUGCUGCAUUCAUAUAAGAUGUGGAUUAGCCUAAUUUAGAAAACUUCUCAUUUCGGAAAAGGUCAGUUGGGGAUAUCUUAGUCUUAAAUCUCAAUUUUUAUUUAAUUUUAAAUGUCAUGAAGAUUGAGUAGUGUGGACCUGGCAGUGUGUAUGAAUGAAUGGCAUUUGUCACAUGCCCCCCCCCCCCCACCCCCCUCCUUUCCGCCUGUCGCCCCUCUCGUCCCCCUGAAUUGUGUCAUCUUUAUGUCAGUGCUGCCCCCGUCACUGCUCUGCACAGUCGCCCCUAACCCCCGCUGCAAUUUAAUUACCACUGCACUUUUCAAUUGAAAUGGCAUUGACGAGGGGGGACAAGAGGGAGACAGCAGCCCAGCCGUGCCCGUUUCAUUUUAAGCUCCUCUUUCUUCUCUACUUUCUCUCUUCUCUACUCUCUCUCCUUUUACCCCUGCGAGGCACAGAUGUUUUUUUUAAUCAAUGUCAGUGCCAGCUUCUUUUUGCUCUGAUGAAUAGAUUCUAAGAAGGCCCUGACAUUAUUUCAGAUAACAGAAGGAGCAAUGAAAGGGGGUCAAGGAUAGAGGGAGAAUGACAGCACUGGAGAUGACAUAAACACUAGAAAAGCCUUUAAAAGAGAAUAUGUGUAAAUUAUAUAUUUUUGUUGUGGUUUUGUUUUCACAAAGUGUGCAGUGUUUGAAUCAUUAUGGGAGAAUAAUAAGGGAUGCAGAAGUCGUACUGCUCAAGCAAGAGUAACGCAAUGGUUAAUUUUGCUAUGGAAAUGUUGUGAUCAUGAUCCCUAUGGCACCACCAUCCCUCUGGUCUCAAUGAGCUGGUGAAAUGUUGUCAUGACCCAUUCACUUUCAACACACAAUUGGAACUGGCUGACAAUAUAUCACUUUGUACUUGGCCAUGACUGUUUGCCUAUGCAUGUUUUUCCUUGCAGGUCAUUAUAUCGGUAUACAUGUCAGUUGGA